AUGAACGAGACCUUCUCGGAGGCGCUUCAUGGCAGGCAGUCGAAGAAGGAGCCCAACAUCCAGAAGGAGGUGGAGAAGCUGGCGCAAAGCGUAGGGUUCAGAGCAAGGCAGCCCCUCCAGCUCCCUCCGAGGCAACUGCCCCAAGUCCAUGUUCCCAGCAGCGUAGCAGACGUCAGGAACCCUUACCUGACAAACUACAAGUCGAGCAGGGGAGAGAGGAGCCGGACGGCUCUCGAGCAACUCCAUCAUGCUCUUCCCACAGCGCCAGUCAAUGUCGGGGCGCUCCUCGAAAAGGAGGCUUACACCCUCGCACAAGAGCUGGCGGUGGCGUCCCGAGGGUCCCCGCCCGCCAUGGCCGAGGGAUCAUGGGCGCACGCGCUGGAGUCAACGCUGGAGGAGGAGCUCUUCCUGCAGACGCAGAAAGGUCACGUGCAGGCGGCGGAGAGGGGAGGGGGUGGAGAGCAGCAGCAGGAAAGAGUCAACAUGAGCUCUUGGACGAGGACCCUCCCGAUCGCUGCGACUUUUGACGAGGACAUGUACCUCAAGUUUCGAGGUCAGCGGAGCAACAGCGCGGCUGAUCGAACUCUGACGUUCUCCGAUCUGAAACCGCACUAUGCGAGGAAGUCAGGCACAGAAAUGGUGCAGAUCCUGUCGAUCAGGCACAACCGGGACACAUCAACAUCGUCUCCAUCACCAUCGCAGAACCGGAAGGCUGAUCGUGUUGACGACAACCUCCCUUCUAUGAAGUUGUUCAUUACGGAGCCCUCCGAGCUUCGAUCGAGCGCACCACAAAGCGACCAGGAAAACCCACCGGGGCAGAACGGGGGGGGAGGAGCGUAUUUGAAGAAUUGCUUUGGGCCUUCCCGCGACGGCCAAGACAAGGAUGUCAAGAUCCGCCUGGGCACACAUGGCGACACGGAAAGAGAGGGAACGGGGACAACAGACAAGAUGUCGCUGAAUACUCUUGUAGGCGAAGAUGAUGAAGCGGUGGGAGGGGAAAGUAGAGCGAGGCAUGGAGAGGAAGAGGAGAGGAGAGAAACAUUGGUACAGGAAGAGCGAAGCAGUGAUGUGCUGGGCUCGAACAUUGAAUCGAGCGGCGGGGGAGAGGAGGAAGGUGCGAAGGGAGAGGCCGUGAGAGUUGUCGAGAAUGGAAGAGAGUCGGAGAAAUCCGAACCGAAGUUCAUCGCCAUCGUCAACCAGCCCGACCUCUCGUUCUUCCAGGACACGUCGGAGAAAGGCAAUCUAGACCCCUCGUCGUGA